AUGGCCGAGGAAAACCGGCCUCUGCUGGAUGAAGAGUCCAGCCCCCCCGAACGAUCUCCCGAUAGGGCAUCCACCGACCGGCCGAGGCCAUCUUUCGAACUAUCUACAGAAUCUACACCUCUUCUACACCGCCGUGAAGAUGGAUUAACAGACUAUGGGACAGAGCAAAGAUUUUCUCGGUCCCCUUCAAUCGCAUCCCGAAGGUCGUAUGAAGACGGCCCCACCAAGAAGCCGAGCCGCGUACGAUGGCCGACGGUGAUCUCACUUGCUAUCUUAACAGCAUGUGUCCUGACGAUAUUGGUACUUGCUUUUGCUGCUCCGGCAGUGGUGAAAGAGUAUGCGCAACAAGCAGCAGUAUUCAAACCAACGGCUGUGUCGGUCGAUUCCACAACCUCCGAUGGCAUUCGCGCUCGGGUCCAGGGCGAUUUUGUCAUGGACUCAAGUCGCGUGAAGAACAAGUCCAUUCGAAACCUUGGUCAGCUUGCGACAUGGAUUGCCAGAGAGGUUGAGACUGGCCCGUCGGAUGUUGAAGUGUAUCUCCCGGAGUAUGGGAAUGUUCUUGUUGGGCGUGCAGCAGUGCCCUCCAUCAAGUGUAGCAUCCGCAGUGGCUAUCAUACCCAUGUUGAUUUCCUUGCUGAUCUAGAAGCGGGUGAUAUCCGAGGCAUUCAUGCGAUUGCUAUUGACUGGAUUGAGGGCAGAUUGGGUCGUCUCAAUGUAAAGGGCAAGGCUACGCUGCAUCUCAAGUCGGGCUUGAUUGCUCUAGGAACUCAAGUGCUAACAGACAACAUAAUAUUUGAAGAGAAAGAUUUCCCUGCUCUACCGGAGAUUGAUAUUCUCAAGUUGAACGUACAUGAUGCGAAGGAUGGGGCUAUGGCAGUGGAUGUUUUAUUGGAGUCGUUGAUUGACUCUCCUAUUGCCUUUGCCAUUCCUGCUCUCGGCUUCGACAUCCUAGUGCCAAACUGUUCACCGGGUGAUCCUUAUAUCCGGGUUGCUUCUGCGAAGACGGCCGAGAUCGAGGUCCACCCCGGCCAGGCAACUCCAGUUGGCGUUGAUGGUCUCAUCGAGAAUCUUCCUGACGAACUGACCUCUAAAUGCCCGGGAGGCGAGGGGUCUCCUCUGGACUUCUUGGUGUCAAGCUAUGUACAGGGCCUCGAGACAACGAUAUAUGUUCGAGGGGCUGAUGCGCCGUCACUGGAAACUCCGGCAUGGAUGGUAGAUCUGAUGCGCAGCGUGACUGUCCCCUUGCCAUUCACUGGACACGCUUUGGACAACCUCGUGAAGAACUUCACCAUGUCCGAUACACACUUCUCUCUUCCAGACCCCUUUGCGGAGCCGGACUCCCCGGAAUCUCAACCCACAGUCUCUGCCGUGGUCAAGGUUCUGAUCGCCUUGCCGGAGGAGAUGAACUUCAAGGUUGAUGUCCCGCAAGUUCGUGCUCUUUCAGAUGUCUACUACAAAGAAGAACAGCUCGGCGUAUUGGUCAUCGACAAAUGGCAAGACGCCAACUCCACCCUCGUCAAUGAUGAAGAUGGCUCAUCGGCACUCCUCGUGGAGUUCGCGAUAGAGGAUGCGCCUUUACAAGUCACAAACGACGGACUCUUGGCGGAAGUCAUCCAAGCAUUGCUCUUCGGUAGCAAAGAAAUCGUGCUGCGCGUCGCUGCAACCGUAGAUACAAAGGUCUCAACCGGCCUGGGUCGCUUUGCCGUGCACGGGAUUCCCGCAGAAGGGAAAGUUCCCGUGAAGACUUCCUUCGGCGACUUGCUCGGUGAUUUCAAACCGCGCGUGGUAUCAUUGCAAUUAGGAGAUACUACUGCAUCUUCGAUGGUUGUGUCUACACAGGUUAAUUUCACCAAUCCGACAAAUUAUUCCGCCACUGUUCCCUUUGCGGACUUUUUGAUGCUCUACAAUGACACGGCUGUGGCGCAUAUCACUGCUCGCAAUAUUGCCGUUGCAGCGGGGAACAAUACUAAUGUCCCUAUUGACUUUUCAUGGUGUCCGUUAGAAUUGAGUGGACCAGAUGGCGUGGAUGCUGGAAGAACGUUACUCUCUUCCUAUAUAUCAGGAUACAACUCAACAAUCACCAUAAAACCGCACAAAAAUACAAUUCCCUCCCUCCCCCAUCUAGGAAAAGCCCUAUCAAACCUCGCAAUUAACGUCCCAAUCCCACCGAUAUCAUCCCCAGGCUCCCCUGACAACGACAGCGACGAACAACCCCACUUCAUCCAAGAUGCAACGUUCUAUCUCUGGUCCUCAACAGCCGACUUCACCCUCUACUCCCCAUUAACAGAAACAAAUAUCCUAAUAAUCUCCAUCGACGCGACAGCCUUCUACGAGCAAAAGGACCCAAUCGGCCGCAUCCAAAAUCACAACCCCUUUAAUGUCCCGCCGGGUCUCUCCCUGACGCCGCGCUUACCAGUUGAUCUUGAUAUUGGGGGUGUGGGGUAUGAUGCUUUGCGGAAGGCGCUUGGGCAGUCGUUGGAGAUGGAUGCUGUCGCUAAGGUUGGGAUGCAGAUUGGGAAGUAUGUAGCUACAGUUCUUUAUCGUGGAAAGGGGAUUGCUGCAAAAGUGAGGAUUUAG